AAGUUGGACAUUGAAAAGAUAAAACUGAAAAAGCAAAAAGGUUAGACUCUUGUUUCACUCUUCCCCACCUCACAUUAUGAUGGCAGCCUCAUCCUCCCUCUCCAACUUCUUCUCAUUCCUCUUACCCUCAAAACAACCGCCACCAUCUCCGUCGCCACCGCCGCCACAAAUCGCCAUAACCACUCGCCACAAGCCCACUCCCAACUCCGUCUCCCUCGUCGCCCAACAACAGCAACAUGACCCCUCGUCUUCUUCUUCUUCUUCCUCCUCGGAGCUCUCUUCAGUGAUGUGUGUGCAGGUGGUGGUAGACGACAACGAGCCCGAGGAGAGGCUCCUCAACAGGUUCCGCCGGGAAGUUAUGAAGGCCGGCGUCAUUCAAGAGUGCAAGCGCCGGAGGUUCUUUGAGAACAAACAGGACCAGAAGAAGCGCAAGUCUCGCGAAGCUGCCAAGCGUAACAAACGUAGCAGGCGCCCACCGAUGAGAUCUCCAAUGCAGAACAGGCAGGAUGUCCUCUCAACAACAACUAAGAAGGAGGAAGAUGAUGAUAACUGGGAUCUACCUGAAGAAGACGGAUUGAGCGCAUGAUGCUUUACAUUCUGUUCUAUUCUUCGCGUCUUACUGUGAGAGCCUUUUGCUGCAUUUAAGUUCUGUUUAGUAAAACAAGUUUCUUGGACUCAACUAGUGUUAUGUCCAACUUAUAUUAAGUUAAUAUUAUGCAAUUUGUUCAUUUGUGCAUCAAAA